GGAGGGCCAGGGGACUGGAGCAGAGGAGAGGGAGGCAGUAGGUGGGUCUGGGCUUGAGCCCCAGGACGGGGCUGGAGGGGCCGAGCCAGAGAUGCAAGGGGCUGAAGUUGAGAGGACCAGCGGUGCUGUGGCCAGAGAGGGGCGCGAUGGGAGCACCUCAGAGGAGCCGCUGUCCCCAGAGAUGGGGGGCGAGGAGGAGGAGUGGGGUGAGCCUGCACCCAGCUCCCCCGACGAGGGGCUGGCCAGCCCCACAGGGGACGCUGCCUUUGGGAAGGAGACUGGGGCCCCCCAGCCGGGAGGCGCCUCCCAAAGCCGAGAAGCCGCUCCAGGUGGCAGCACCAGCACUGGAGGGACAGCCCAGCAGGACAGCGGGCAGAGCCCUGCACCUGAAGGAGUUGUGCCCCCCAAGGAGAAGCCAAAGAGACCAGCACUGGAUCGGAGGGAGUUGACCCGACCCCGCCUGGCACCCAGGGCCCAGUCCCGCAAGGCCCUUGUGGAGAAAUUUGGGGGGGCAGCCAGCGGCCCGGCCCCCAACAUCAAGAAGACUGGAGGUACCAACACCAUCAAGAACAUGCUGCUGGAGUGGUGUCGUGCCAAGACGCGCGGCUAUGAGCACGUGGACAUCCAGAACUUCUCCUCCAGCUGGAGCAGCGGCUUGGCCUUCUGCGCCCUCAUCCACAAGUUCUUCCCUGAUGCCUUCGACUACGCAGCCCUCGACCCGGCCAACCGCAGGGAGAACUUUGCCCUGGCUUUUGCCACUGCUGAGCAGCAUGCCGAUUGCGCCCCACUGCUGGAGGUGGAGGACAUGGUGCGCAUGAGCGUCCCGGACUCCAAGUGCGUCUACACCUACGUCCAGGAGCUGUACCGCAGCCUGGUGGACAAGGGGCUGGUGAAGACCAAGAAGAAAUGAGGUGGGGGGAGCAGCUGGCCAGGGAAGCAGAGAGCGCGCCAGGCGAU